AGAGGAGCUGGAGAGGAGCUUCGCCGCACAGAGAGGAGGCACGGCCACCAGACAAUCUCUAAAAAAGGAAAGAAUAAAUCCUCAGCCUUUGACAGGCUAUGUUGAGACAAAACAUCUGGACUAGGGGAUGUUUUCCAACUCGGAAUCAAAAGGAGAUAUCUUUUUCUUUCAAUCUAUGCGGGACGUUGCGUCUGCACCGAAGAACCAGCCUAGAUCAGUUUAUUCUUUAAACUAAAAGUUUAAUUUUUUUUUUAAAUAACUAAAAACAAAGAAAGUGCAACUGCUGGAAAACCGGAAUGGUUUAUCCUCCCGACGCUUUAUUCUACAUCGAAAUGGAUCAAGCACCACCAGCUCUUCCUCCCCGGUCAACAAAACCAGCGAUGUCCACCACGAACAACAACAACAACAGCUGCCUUUCCCCACCUGUCUGUUCUCUGCAGGAUGCCGAUUGGUACUGGGGAGAUAUAACAAGGGAUGAGGUGAACGAGAAGCUUCGAGACAUGCCUGAUGGCUCCUUUCUGGUUAGGGACGCUUCCACAAAGAUGCAAGGCGACUAUACUUUGACCUUAAGGAAAGAUGGACUCAACAAGCUAAUUAAGAUCUACCACCAUGAGGGGAAGUACGGCUUCUCGGACCCCUUCACGUUUACGUCGGUGGUGGAACUCAUCUGGUACUACCAGCACCACUCGCUGGUGGAAUACAAUGCUACGCUGGAUCUGAUGCUCACGCAUCCAGUGUCCCGUUUCCAGCAGGUAAAGGAAGACAGUCUUGAUGUAGCUGGCAGAAAGCUCAAAGAGGUCCACAAUCAGUACCAGGAGAAGUCAAAAGAGUUUGACCGUCUUUACGAAGCCUUCACCAAGACCUCACAGGAGAUCCAAAUGAAGCGCACGGCCAUAGAGGCCUUCAACGAGGCGAUGUUGAUCUUUGAGGAGCAAUGUCGCGAGCAGGAGCGAUACGGGGAGGAGUUCGAGAGGAACAGUCAUUCAGAAGGAGCUGAUAAUGAUUUGGAGAGCUUUUUGAUCAAUUAUGAAAAGCUGAAGUGCCGACUUGGAGAGAUCUACGACAGCAAACUGCACCUGGAGGAAGACUUGAGGACACAGGUGGAGGACUACAGAGAGACUGACAGGAAGAUUAACAACUUGCGGCCAGACCUCAUCCAGCUCCGUAACAUCAGAGAUCUGUAUCUCAACUGGCUUAAUCACAAAGGGGUACGGCAGAAACGCAUAAAUGACUGGCUUGGGAUACACAGCGACAGCCUUGACGACACGUACGUAUUAAAGGGAGACGAGAAGAAUUUACCACAUCAUGAUGAGGCGAGUUGGUUUGUCGGGGAACUGAGCCGAACACAAGCGGAGGAGAUGCUUCACGGCAAAAUUUCCGGCACAUUUCUGAUCCGAGAGAGCAGCAAGCAGGGCUGCUACGCUUGCUCUGUCGUUGUGAACGAAGAGGUGAAGCAUUGUAUGAUCUACAGCACGCCGCUUGGAUACGGCUUCGCCGAGCCCUACGACGCCCACUGCUCGUUAAAAGACCUCGUCCUGCACUAUCACCUGCACUCCUUAGCCCAACACAAUGACGCCCUGGAUGUCCGGCUGCUGCACCCCGUGCACGCCAAAGCUGCAGCCCCCGCUUCUCAACACUCUGAGGAGCACAAACUGUUACAGACUCCCAAACACAUGUCGCCAGGACUGCCCCCUGCAGCGCCGGAGAUGUAACCGCAGCGGGAAAGAGACUUGCUCUUCACAUCCUGUGAGAAGGACUGCAUUGAAAGGUGCAUCGUGUAAAGGUUUUGCACUACGGUGAUUCCAUCAGCUUUUGUGAAUGGGAUCUCACGCAUUUGAAGUGGGACCGGAACUUGAAUGUCAGCCUGACUGUUUCACACCAGUUUUCUACUUCACGUUUAGUGCCGUCUGUUCAAACGCCCCCCUUUUCCUCUGGGUAGGGAAGUUAACGACCGGAAGUUUGUUCACUGGCGUCGGGUGCUGCACCUUCGAGUUCGACGUAGCUGGAAAUGUCCAUUUCCUGGAUGGGAAAUUGAUUCAGCUCUACAGAUGUAACCAAUGUUAAAUGUUUUGGAUUGCUACUACAAAGUGCAUUUGUGAGGGGGGUUUUACAAUGAAAAACAUAACAACACAGUGCUGUUAAAAGGUUGGUAUCAGUUAGGUUGGUUAAAAUACCAGGUGUGAAUAUGUUAAAAAGUCAUGGUGCAUCCUAACUACUUGGCCCUUUUUUGUAAAAGCAUUCAUAUACAGUGGAUAACUAUAUAGCAUUAACAUACUGUAGAAAACCAUUGUAAAAGCGUACUCAAUGUUGUACCCAUUGACCAAAGCACUUAAUAGUGAGCAAAACUACAUCCCUGUUUAGUGUGGUAUCUGCAUUUUGGCAAGGGUAGGGCAAUGUAUGUACACCUGCUGAUGUGCUGAUCGAAACAUAAUCUGAAGUACUGUAUGUUAUAUUCUGUUACUCAAAGAAGUAUAAGCUUUUUGUAUUCUAUAUAUAUUUUUUCUAUAAACACGCCACAAGAUGAAAGCUUGAAGAAAGUGCAAUCCAACAGUAUUUCUAUUGUUGCAAUGUUAUGUCGGGAAAGACGGAGGUGGUGAAGGUGUCGCUGUUGUGAGAGGUUGACAUUUUGCCACGAAAAUGCUCUCUCCUCUCCCCCCCACCGGGUGGUUUGUUGGGAUUGCACGCGGCCUCCGAUGUUUGUGUGAACUGCCAGAGGUCCGGAAGUAUCCUGCCUCCUUUACUUGAAUUGUGGCGUUGCUCUAGCUAUGAAUGUUCUUUUUUUUUUUUUUUCCAUAACACGCAGCCUACAUAGCCUAAGAGGAAAGGAACCAUGUUAUACCUGGCACAUUUUUUUUUUUAUCAAGGUAAAGGACACUCUGUAUAGAGAUGCUAUAAGAUGUAUUGCUCAUGUUGGUUUCAUUGGAGGAGGUUGAUGGAUCCUCUUGAGAAAUAUUACUCCACUGGAGGACUGAGGAAGCUCCUCGAGUAAAGCUAAGAAAUGUGAGAUUCUGACCUUCAUCUUGCUGAAAGACAAUAAACUGAAAAAGGUUUUGUCAGCCUAUG